AUGGCUUCCAACAGCACUCUCCCUGCUGGGUUCGUGGAAGGCUCCUGGUGGUACUAUGCCCCGAACAAAGUCGCGCCGAUUGUAUUUGCCGUCCUCUUCUGCAUCACCGGCUGCUGGCAUUUGUGGCAAAACUGGCACUUCAAAAGCUGGAAAUCCAGCGGCCUGUUUCCAAUUGCCGGCUUCGUCUUCGUCAUAGGCUACUCCAUGCGAGAAGUAGCCGCAUUCUACUACACUGAAAUCGGCUUCUAUAUGGCGAGCAACAUCAUUUUGCUCUGCUCUCCACCCGUGUUCGAGACCGCGAACCUAUUUAUCUUGGGGAGGCUUCUGUACUAUGUGCCUUAUCAUGCGCCCCUGCACCCCUGGAGAUUCAUGCUCACUUUCGCAGUGUUCCAAUCGUUCACAGAAUCAAUCAACGGCAAUGGCGCUGCGAAAGCCACUACUCCCUAUUCUGGCCCCGGAGAGCAACGAAUCGGCCAUAUCCUGAUGCAGACUUCGCUCAUGAUGCAAAUCUUCAGCGCCCUCUGUUUCAUCCUCAUCGCUCUGAGAUUCGAAUACAACUGCCGAAGGGCGGGUAUCUGGCCCGACAAGCUCCGCAAUUCGCUGCGAAUGGUGUACUUGUCAUGCGCGCUCAUCCACGUGCGAACGAUCUAUCGCACAAUCGAAUGGUUCGAGCCAGGCGACCACAAUCCGAACGAUCCAUCGAGCUUCCCUCCUGUGCUCAGGACAGAAGCAUUCUUCUGGGUGUUCGAAGCAUCUGUCAUGCUCACCAAUAGCUUCUUGCUCAAUAUUUUCCACCCAACACGCCUCCUCCCGACCAACUACAAGGUCUACCUCGCGCCAGACGGUGUGACCGAGAUCGAGGGUCGUGGCUUGGGCAAGGAUCCACGCGUAUGGUGGAUGCAGUUAAUCGAUCCGUUCGAUGUCUAUGGGCUCUUCACGAAUCGCGAUCAGAAACAUAACAUCUGGGCGCAAGAAGAGCCGAAUAACGCGAUCACGAAGGGAAACUUGACCACGACAACAAGUCGGACGGACAGCAGUAGCGACUCUGCCAGCGAGAAAAAGAUCGAUGUGGGUUCGUGGGGGAACUGGCGUGUUCAGAAUGAACUGAUACGACAAGUGGCCUAA